AUGGUGGCGUUAAUUAUUCUGGGCGUACUUAUAGCUCGCACUGUAUGCCACACGAUAACGCUCUUGGACGUGCCGCGGUGGGCCGACCCUCGGAUAGAAGCCCAGCUGCGCUGCAACUACACAAAACAGCCUCUCGACCCACCACUACACUCCGUGAAAUGGUACCGAGGCACGCAUGAGAUCUUCCGGUACACGCCGCAGGAGUACGAAACUAGAGCUUUCAAUACGAGUGGAGUGUACAUCACUAACAGCUCCUGCGACUCUUUCUCGUGCGCGAUCACGCUCCGCCCCGAGCCUGGCACCGCCAAGUAUACCUGCGAGGUCUCCAGUGAGGGACCCCGCUUCGCUGUAGAUAGAAAAUCAACUAAUAUGACUCUAGCAGUGCUGCCGGAAUACGAGCCCCUCAUCAUUGGUUUGCCCACGUACGUCAACGCGGGUGAACAGGCGCUCGUAAACUGCACAUCGGACCACACCCUCCCAGCAGCGAUGCUAGACUGGUUUGUGGACUCCGAGCUGCAGGAGGACCCGGUGGUGACGGGCGCUACGCACGUGUCGGGCGCGGAUGGCGACGGCCUUCGCGCGUCGUGGCGCACGCUGCACGUGUUUCCCGACGACUACGCGACGCACCGCGGCUUCCUGUCGCUCGAGUGCCGCGCGACGCUGCCGACGCGGCCGCCGCACAUCCGCAGCAUGGCCGUGCGGCUAUACGUCGAGAGCCGCCCGCACAUAUCAUCACCAAUGUUAAGUAAAACUAACGCAGCAGGCAAGAGCAACGCAAUGAGAUUGCGCUGUGAGUUGUAUCUGUGGACGUUAUUGCUCCUCGCGCGGAGACAAGUGCCUUUACUAGUGAAAUAA